AGCUUGACAUUCUAAAAUAAAUCCAUCAGAAUGACACCUUCUCAGGUUACCUUUGAAAUAAGAGGAACUCUUUUACCAGGAGAAGUUUUUGCAAUAUGUGGAAGCUGUGAUGCUUUGGGUAACUGGGAUCCUCAGAAUGCUGUGGCUCUUCUUCCAGAGAACGAGACAGGUGAAAGCAUGCUAUGGAAAGCAACCAUUGUACUCAGUAGAGGAGUAUCAGUUCAGUAUCGCUACUUCAAAGGGUACUUUUUAGAACCAAAGACUAUCGGUGGUCCAUGUCAAGUCAUAGUUCACAAGUGGGAGACUCAUCUACAACCACGAUCAAUAACCCCUUUAGAAAGUGAAAUUACUAUUGAUGAUGGACAAUUUGGAAUCCACAAUGGUGUUGAAACUUUGGAUUCUGGAUGGCUGACUUGUCAGACUGAAAUAAGAUUACGUUUGCAUUAUUCUGAAAAACCUCCAGUGUCAAUAACCAAGAAAAAAUUAAAAAAAUCUAGAUUUAGGGUAAAGCUGACACUAGAGGGUCUGGAGGAAGAUGAUGAUGAUAGGGUGUCUCCCACCGUUCAUCACAAAAUGUCCAAUAGCCUGGAGAUAUCCUUAAUAAGUGACAAUGAGUUUAAGUCUAGGCAUUCACAGCCGGAGUGUGGCUAUGGUUUACAACCUGAUCGUUGGACAGAGUACAGCAUUCAGACAAUGGAGCCAGAUAACCUGGAACUCAUCUUUGAUUUUUUUGAGGAAGAUCUCAGUGAACAUGUUGUUCAGGGUGAUGCCCUUCCUGGACAUGUGGGCACAGCAUGCCUCUUAUCAUCCACCAUUGCUGAGAGUGGGAAGAGUGCUGGAAUUCUUACUCUUCCCAUCAUGAGCAGAAAUUCCAGGAAAACAAUAGGCAAAGUGAGAGUUGACUAUAUAAUUAUUAAGCCAUUACCAGGAUACAACUGUGACAUGAAAUCUUCAUUUUCCAAGUAUUGGAAACCAAGAACACCAUUGGAUGUUGGACAUCGAGGUGCAGGGAACUCUACUACAACUGCCCGGCUGGCUAAAGUUCAAGAAAAUACUAUUGCUUCUUUAAGAAAUGCUGCUAGCCAUGGUGCAGCCUUUGUAGAAUUUGAUGUGCAUCUUUCAAAGGACUUUGUGCCUGUAGUGUAUCAUGAUCUCACCUGUUGUCUGACUAUGAAAAAGAAAUUUGAUGCUGAUCCAGUUGAAUUAUUUGAAAUUCCAGUAAAAGAACUAACAUUUGACCAACUCCAAUUGUUAAAGCUCUCUCAUGUGACUGCACUAAAAUCUAAGGAUCGAAAAGAAUCUGUGGUCGAGGAAGAAAAUUCCUUUUCUGAAAAUCAGCCAUUUCCUUCUCUUAAGAUGGUUUUAGAGUCUUUGCCGGAAGAUGUAGGAUUUAACAUAGAAAUAAAAUGGAUCUGCCAACAAAGGGAUGGAAUGUGGGAUGGUAACUUAUCAACAUAUUUUGACAUGAAUCUGUUUUUGGACAUAAUUUUAAAAACUGUUUUAGAAAACUCUGGGAGGAGGAGAAUAGUGUUUUCUUCAUUUGAUGCAGAUAUUUGCACAAUGGUUCGGCAAAAGCAGAACAAAUAUCCCAUAUUAUUUUUGACUCAAGGAAAAUCUGAUAUUUAUCCUGAACUCAUGGAUCUCAGAUCACGGACAACCCCCAUUGCAAUGAGCUUUGCACAGUUUGAAAAUCUACUGGGGAUCAAUGCACAUACGGAAGACCUGCUCAGAAACCCAUCCUAUGUUCAAGAGGCAAAAUCUAAAGGACUAGUCAUAUUUUGCUGGGGUGAUGAUACCAAUGACCCUGAAAACAGAAGGAAAUUGAAGGAAUUUGGAGUCAAUGGUCUAAUUUAUGAUAGGAUAUAUGAUUGGAUGCCUGAACAGCCAAAUAUAUUCCAAGUGGAGCAAUUGGAACGCCUGAAACAAGAAUUGCCAGAGCUUAAGAGCUGUUUGUGUCCCACAGUGAGCCGCUUUGCCCCCUCAUCUUUGUGUGGCGGGGAGCCUGACGUCCACGUGGAUGCCAACGGCAUUGACAAUGUGGAGAAUGUGUAGUUUUUAUUACACAGAGGCUGUUUUGGGGCAUGCACCGCUGUUCUGGGUAUUCAUUUUUCAUCAUUGAGCAUUGUUUAUCUAUGCCUUUUGGGCUUCUCAGUUCAAUGAAGCAAUAAUGAAGCAUUUUACUCUUUCACUACAGUUCUUGCAAGAAUUUCAAGUAUGCUAUUUAAAUCACUUGGCCAGGUAUAAUUACCAGUCAGUCAGUCUCUUUACAGUGAGAAAAUUUAUUGAUUGGUAAAUAUUUUAAGCUAAAUAUGUAAAUCUAUAAUGUUAAACAGAUGUUCAUUAAGAGCAUGGCACUUUGAAAUUAACUAUAUAAAUAGCUUAUAUUUACACUUUUACCUUUUCAUUUGAUCAGGUCUUAAAUCUUUAGCACUUGAGGAAAAUGACUAUGCAUAAUUAUACCUGACCAUGAAAAAAAUAAGUACCUCAAAUGCAUGUAUUUGCACUGGUGAUUCCAACUGCACAAUUCUUUGUGCCAUCUGUGUAUAUAGGUAUUUUUUACAUGGGUUGACAUGCACAUGUACCGUUUUCAUUCAGUAUGCACCUUGAGGCUGCUGCCAUUUUUCCACUUAACCAAACCAGCCUGGAGGUGAACCUUGAAACUUGUUUCAUAAAUCUUUCAAAGGUUGUUUUACAUUAAUGUUAAAUUUUAGAAUGUUGCAGGGUAAUUUAAUGAAUAAAAUGCUAAGAAGGAGUAUGUAUUGCAUACUUAGAGUAGAUCACAGCCUGUAAGUUCAAUUCAGUGCAUGCUUUAGGGUUUAAGCAUGAGAUUGUACAUGUUUACUGUUAGUCCUUGCAUCUGUGGUGCUAGGUGAGCGGGAAAGGUGUCAAGGACUGAAAAUACUAUGUUGCCUAAAAAAAAGCCUGUUUGUAGGCAUCUUAAAUAUGCUUAUUUUAAGUGUCUCUCACUACCUAUUACCCACUGUUGCUUUGUGGUUCUGUUUUGUGUGUGUGUGUUGUACAGUAGUUAAAUCUCCGUGCAGAAAAAUAAAUGUUCUGAAUUCUCAUGUUGGUAUUCUUUAUUGGUUAAUGAAUGUAUAUAUCAUGCAUGUAAUUUAUUUAGAAAUGUAGAAGAAAUGUAUAUGCAUGUUUUUAGGAUUACAUGAAGGUUUCUUUCAUUAGAAGCAGAUUGUUGACAUAAUUGUAACUUAAGAGUAAAUGCUAAAUAAAAUGAUACAGAUUUAUUUUCUUCACUAUAAAAUGAAAUUUCAAGAUGGUGUCACCUUUGUAGAAUGGUUUUAUAAUACUAUUACAAGAAAUUGAAAUGUAGUGUCUACCCCGAAGGGAGAUUUACUUACAUCUACCUUUUACUGCAUGUUUUUCAUGUGACAGUUUAUUCCUGUAUUGACAUGUUUUAGUAGUAGCUGAGAACCCAAGACUUGAAAUUACACAUUGUCUUAUUUUUAAUUUUUUAAGCUAAGCAAUGCAAUUUUGGUCAGAUCUGAGUUAUAUGAAGAUAGGCUUCUAAAUCCUAUGGUAUUAUAUUUGUAACACUGAUAGUGAUAGUUAAUGGUAAAUAGUUAGGAAAUUGAGUCUUCUGCAAGGAUUCUAUAUACUUUUUCACAUUGAGAUUUUCCAACAUUUUGGUGUGAAUUGGCCACUUUUAUAAAACUCUUGAAAAGAAUGCGUUCUCUUCAUCUGCAGACUCCGUCCUCCAGCACAGUUGCCAUUCUUCUUUGGGGACUUGAUCAGCUGCAGGUGCACAUUUCUAGCCCUGUUCUUCUGCUCCUCUCCAAUGCCUUUCCAGUUCUGGCUCCAUUUUGAAGGCUCAAAGGCAGAGGGGAAGCAGAUCAUAAAGGGAAAAAAGGGGGAUGGGGACAGAAGAAAAGUUGAGGAAAGGGGUUGGGGGGAAUAUAGGCUUCCAAACAGUUUAAUUUCCUGGGAAGAGCUCACAGUCACUGCUUCCCAUAGAGGCCAAGCCUUACUGCUCCCUUUCUUUCCUGUCUCUUCCUGACCUUAUAAACUGGUGUUCAUAGGUGAAUAGACAACAAGCAAGGGCUUUUCCUUUUUACAGGACUCAGCCCAGGCCUUCCUGUCACUAACUGCUGCCCUUCACCCUUCACCCUCUGCCCAGCCACACUGCACAAGUCGUGUGUCUAUAUACCUCCCUGCAGUGCCCACAUCCUCCGCCUGGGGCUCUGUCCUCCCCACAGCCACUUUCUUUUUGGCAAGCUUAUUCCUCUUGACCCAUUCCUCUGCCCUGAGCCCUUGCUAAAACUCCUUCCGAAGGGAGGAAUCCAUGUUAUGCUCCACAGGAUCAUGCUCGUGCCUGACCAGACCAUACAGCGCAAUCAAGUUGAGCAGGCAUGGCUGGUGUGUGUCUCAUAUACCAGGCUGUGGGUGCCUCAAGGGCAGGGACCUUGUCAGUUUUAUUUGCAAGGUCCAUGGAACAUAGUAGAAAAUAAAUGUUGGGAUCAUGUAAUUUAUAUCAAAUAUCCUUUUAAAUUAAGAGAUUUAGUUCUGUUUACUAAGAAUGUAACCUUUGCAUUGGUUUACAUUUUGACCAUUAGGAUGGUUUAUUGCUGUCAAUUUGAAAUGUAGAGGUAUAAUGUUAUUAUUCUGCACUUUAUGGAAAUCAAGUGAAAUGUUUGCUGAAAAGCCACUAUUGUCCUCUGGUGUUUUUGCUCUCUGGAAUUGUGUUCUGUAAUGACGAUGUCAACAUGAGGGACACUGCUCACGCUUGUGUGGCUGGUGCCUGGGGGCCGCACAGCUCACCCCGCCACCCACUGACCUCACACCCAUGCUCCUUGUGACACUUGUCUGUCUGCUCCCCUCCAAGCUCACACCUACCUCAGUACCACUUUCCCUAUCUGAAAUGCCUUUUCUGCCUUCCUUCAGGGUCCUGCUCAAGUGCCACCUCUCCAUAAAACUCGCCUCAGCUUUUGAUCUGAAUCAUGAUGGAGACAAAUGCAGACAGCUUCUUGCUCUCUCACUACUUCAUUUUGCAGCUGGGCUCAUAAACCCAGAGAGGCUGACUGACUUCCAGGCUGGGGAUUCACGUCUGGGUUGUGUGCCUCUGAAUCCCAUGUUCUCAAGCUGCGCUGCCUUCCGAAGUCCAUGACAUUUGUUAGCUUGUGCUUCUUGUAGUCCAGCUUCUUAUGUGCCUGUUAUAUUCUCUAGUAAGAUUGUAAGCCCAUUAAGGGCAGGGACUUUGCAUUUCCAGCACAACUACAGUGUCUGAUCCUUAGUUAUGAACUAGAUAAAUAAAUGGUGGUAGCACUAA